UGUGCGCGGCGCCGCUGCCUGCCCCCGCCGGCCCCCGGGGAGGGCUUGCAAGGAUCGGAGGGCUCGGAAGGAUCGCAUCGCCGCCCGGCCCUGCGGCUGCGGGGGGCUCCGGGGGGUGGUGGGGCUCGGGAGGGCGGCGGAGCGGCGGGGGCCAUGGAGCUGCGGAGGGCCGUGGAGCUGCGGAGAGCCAUCUCGGCCGGCGCGGAGGCCGAGAGAGCCGUGAGGCGCUACGGGGCGCUGGAAGAGACGGAGUGGAAGGCGGAGGCGCUGGGGAGAAAUCAACUUGACAUAAUUUCAAUGGCUGAAACAACAAUGAUGCCUGAGGAAAUUGAGCUAGAGAUGGCAAAGAUCCAGAGACUUCGGGAAGUCUUAGUCAGAAGAGAAUCAGAACUCAGGUUUAUGAUGGAUGACAUCCAGCUGUGCAAAGACAUUAUGAAUCUUAAGAAAGAGCUGCAGAGUUUAGUAGCAAUCCCAGAGAAAAGAAAAACAAAGAUGGAGAAACAAAGAGAAGUACUGAUUCAGAAGAUCCAUAGACUGGUACAAAAAAGAGAUUUUCUUGUAGAUGAUGCAGAGGUAGAGAGAUUACGAGAAAAAGAGGAAGACAAGAGAUGGCUAUUCCUACGGACCAAGUUAAAACCCUUAGACAAAGCAACACAGUCUCCUACCAGCAGCCCAGCAGAAAAGAAGGCAGAACCUCCUCCAAGCAAGCCCACCAUUGCUAAGGCAGGAUUGGCUAUUAUUAAAGAUUGCUGUGGAGCAACACAGUGCAGCAUCAUGUAGCUCUGGGCUCUCUACCAUGUUUGUCGUCUUUUCAAGUGUUUUCAUUGAAAGAAACUGUAGGGUGAAGGGAUUAACAGCAUCCUGCUAAACUGAAUUAAGAGCAACUGUGGUACAACAGUAAUACAUAGAAUGUACAAUGGCAGGUUCUUCACUGUUGCAUGGAUCACUCAACACGCAUGCUAAAAAAAACAAAAGAAAUCCAUAUAGUGGCUGUCCAGUGACCAGAAAAGAUCUGUAAUAGAGUAACAAAAUAUCCAGUGAUAAAAGUGAAAGAGGAUAUAUUUCAUCAAGUAAUGUGUUAAAAAAAGCAAUUUUAUAGGUCAUCACUUCAAGAAUUUUUUGUACACUUCCCCCUGACAAACAGCACUCAAACAUUUGCUGGAAUAUUCUAUUUUGGCUACUUUUCAAAAUGAAAGCCACAAAUACAAAUGCUCUAUGUAGUGCAACUGAUAGCUGAAGCAUUCUAGGAUAACUGAUGUUGCAUAAAAAUACUUAUCAAGCUAGUGGAUGUUUAAAUACUUUGCUGUUGAGUUUCACUUCACUUCCAAAACACUAUCAGUGACAAGGACACUACAAGUAGAUACAGGUUUUACAUACCAUAUGAUUUCUGAAUUACUCAAGUCUAACAUUGCUUGCACCAAGGAAAAUAAAUAUCUGGUAAAGUUCUAGCAGGCACAGAUACAGUAAUCUGCAAAUGAAUGAUUAGUCCAAAGCUCUAUCUAUUUAUCUCACAGAUCUCCACCUCACACGGAGUCAGAGGGGUAAUCGCUCCAGUUUUGUUCACUAUUAAAAGUUACAUGCACUAUGAGUUCACCUACCAGUUGUAGGUUACUGGGAGGAAGAGUUAAAGACAUGGACACAAACAAAAUUUAACUAAUAGUGCUUAAAAAACAACUGUAACCACAUCUCUAAUGACCAUGAGAAAUGUAAGCUAUUGAGCAUUGGAAGACAUGAGCUACCCAAGACAAAACUGACCACAAGACAAAUAGAGAAGUAGGUAUCUGUGGCAGGUGUACCACACUCUACACAAAAUGGGUUUAAAAUUAAAGGAAAUCAGACUUACCUGCGUUUCACCAUUUAAUGCAUUUCUGGUCUCUAUGCAGAUUAAAUUUUGUGGAAUCUAAUAUCUUUACAUUAGCUGUCAGUAGCUGGUAUGUGUGACAGUAUUCCAUAUAAAUGUAUUGUGAUAGGUAUAAAUAGUAAAUAAAUGUACAUGAUCUAAUGUGAAAAGUGAAAACAAUCUCAGGCUUAGAAGUAACAAACAAAUAGCAAAACAUUCCUAAAAUAAAAAGGUUUUGAAGAGGAACUUCCAUUUUGCAAAGCCAGCUAAGUGAAAUGUGCACUUGUAUACAAAGGAACCACAGUGACAGGAAAGGAGAUUAGCAUUAUCAGCAGAGCUACCCAAAAAGGACAGGCACUGAUAUUCUUAGAAAGUACCUUACUAAGGUUCAAGGAUAUAGACACUGUAAAGUAAUCGGACUAUUCUUGUACAAAUAAACACAUCCCUAGCAUUGGACUCAUUUAAUGAAAAAACAUUUGCAUUUCCAGAAUCAUGUUUCAGUAGUGCAGACUCACAUGAGACAAGUGAUUUGUCACCACAAUUUCCUUAAGGUUUAAGGAUCAAGGAGGAAAAAAAUACAAAGGUUUCCACUAAGACAUGAAGCACCUGAAAUACUUUGGACAAAGAUGCAGAAGAAAACAUAUCCGAGGCUGAAUAGUCAUAUAUAGUUAGACAUCCUUAUGGAUAUACAUCAUAUUAAGCUCUGUAGUUGUUAACAUCUACUCUGGUAUGGGUUGACUCUGUAUAGCACCUGCAUACAUUAGGAGAAUUGUGAGGGGGGACUGCCUAGCCUUUAAGAGAAAAUACACAGGAGGGAAAGGAAUGCCCACUGACUUCUGGAGAAUUCAACAGCCUCUUGAAUUUGCUGGUGCCUGAAUAAGAUACUGAUAAUUCCUGAUGUCUUUAAGGUACUGGUGUUUGGUAUCAUUCACAAAACGCAAAGGGAAGUUAGAAAAGCAACCUGUAGCGAAACAGCCAGCUUAAAGCCCUUCGGAGGGUCAGCUGUAACAACCAAACACUGCAAAUGCCAGUAAGUGAAGGAGCCUGAAGGACUUACUCAGGUAGUUGUUGGAAGAGCAGAGGUGACUUAGGCACAUUAUAGUGUUAAAAUGUGCUGAUGUCUGGGCUAAUUCUUGUGUGCCACAGCUGCCUACAGUCCCUUGGGAAGGAAAAUAAGAUCAGUGGAAUGGAGGUUUGUAAUUGAAAAUUAAGCCAAACUUCUCUAGGAUUCAGGACUCAUGACUAGGCUACAGAGCUCCCCUCUAGUUACAAUGAAGAGGAAGCACAGCAAAUAUAGAAGGAAUAUUCAUAGGCAGUUAGCAUUGCUAGCCAGUGCCCCAGAGGGACUUGAUCUACAGCAGUAUUAAUGAGAGUGAACUUUAUUUCCAGAAGCUUGGCUGAAAGGUUUUCUUAUGUGCGUUUAUUUUGUUUUUAAUUAGCAAAUGCCUUAGUUCUGUUUUACUUGUCUGCAGUGCACUUAGUGGUUCCUUUGGAAGUGGAGUUAGUGAUGCUGCUUAGCAAUAAAGUGUUUGUUUUUUGUUUUUUUAAAGACUGAGGUCUGAUUGUCAACUGCAGUCAACACUAGCUUACAGCAUUGUCCACCCAGAACACAAAGUCCUAAUGGUUUACUUCAACAGCUGUAACUAAACAAAUUAAACUGUAUUUUGAAC